AUGGAGCAUCAGUUCCCCGCCUACAUGAUGCCACAAGCAAGUCAGCCUCAGCCCAACGACAUGUUCGUUUUUGCCACCACAAACCUGCCCCAGGCGCCACUGCAUCUGAACGGAUAUGAUGACUUCAUCAACUUCUCCUAUCCCCCGCCGCCACCCAAUCCUGACACCAUGGACGGGGGCUCAUCCGGUGCAAUGUUCUCUCCUAUGUCACGGAUGAAUAUGCAUGGCAGUAAUCCCCAGAUCUUGUCACAAGGACUCGGCGGUGCAGAUAUCUACAAGCAACAGCAGCACCAGCAACAACAUCAACAACAUCACCCACACGAACACCAAUAUCAACACCAUGACCGGCCGCGAGAAAUAUCACUUGGGCCUCAUCAGCCACCAACACCACCACUCACAACACCCCCAAGCGCCCAAAGUCUUCCAUCCAGCUCCCCAGCGAUACCCAGCCGGACAAGUCCGGAUCGAUUUGCCCGGGAAGCACUCACGGAAAAGCCGGGCAACUCCGACGAUGUGCUUGCCGACAUGGUCCAUCUGCUCGCACAGCCGGAUGCCUGGAACGCAAUCCCUAAUGUCAUUGGUGACGCUACUCUGGCGCUAUCACACGAUGCACGGGAUCGUAUCGUCGCAACUGUACAGUUGUUGCUCCAUCGUGCUUUACAGUCGCGUAGUCCACCUUCACAGUGUAGCCAGGGCCUAUUCGGACGCAUUGUAGCACUGCCACCUUCCCAUGUGCUGGUACACUUCAUCGACAUGUAUGCAGCACGCAUCGACUCUGUUCAACCCUACCUUGGGCUCGCUGGCUGCUCGACCACCAAUAUUCACGAUAUUCUAUCAGUGGACAUGGCUGAUAUUGGCAUGCUUUUGAUCAUCCUUCUAAUUACCCAAGGAGCCAUGCUCACUGAUCAGCACGAAUCGCAUGUACUUGCACAUGGCUUGAUCGAAGUGUGCAGAAUUGCGCUAGAUGACCUCCUCGAAAGCCAAAGCAUAGCUCAGCCAAUGGUCGGAGGAAGUGCUCUGCAGCUGCUGACGCUGUGUACACGCAGUGGUAAAGACUGCUUGACCUCGUAUGCUCUGUCAAAACGAGGACAGUAUCUAAGUAUGCUCAAAAACACCGGCCUCCUGCAGCCGGAGCAGUCACCUCUCCAUUAUAACCCUGAUGGCCUCGAUCUUUGGGAGCGUUGGAAGGAGCAAGAGCAACGCAAUCGACAUGCGUAUGCGUGGGUAUACGUAGACCUCGAAUUAAGCCUGCUCCACGAUCUGCCGCCGAUACUCUCAAUCAAUGACUUACAAGUCCCAUUGCCACACGAGAAUCAUCUUUGGAACGCCCCGUCAUACAACAACUGGUUUGAAGCUAGCGGUACCCAAGGCACUCACGAAACACCUUCACUCAACGCUUUCUUCCGCAGCUUUCUCCAGGGCCGAUUAGCAGGCAGCGAGGACCUACCCGUGCACCAUCUACGCCUCCUUCUCCACCCGUUACAAGCCAUGGUUUUAGAGCAACAGCAGCUCCUGCGCAUCUUCGAUACAGACGAGCCGUCCAACAGAUACCGCGUUCUUUCCAAGAUAAAAAUUCUAGGCCGUUUGCAAGAGACGCAAGAUAUGCUGCAAGACCUGGCCACGCUUCUCAACCGCCAUUCCAUGGCGACGCCAACAUCCGAAAGGGGUGGUACCGGCGACUGGCUCCAAUCAGCAAAGUGGGUAAGCAUGAUUAUGCUCCAUUUGGUUAGCCUCAACGUUUUUACCAGCAUCCCCGAAAUCGAAAAGUGCGCUAGGGAAGAGCCUCCCGCAUCUGACGCGGCGCGCGCGGAGAUGUGGCGCCGGGCACGCUAUCCCGAAGGGGAGAGUUAUGUUCUCUUCCAUGCAGGUCAGAUUUUCAGACUGAUUGACAGCUUGCCCUUGGAGGCCAGGCCCACUUGGUGGCCGGUUGCCUUUUAUCGCGCGUCUAUGGCGUGUUGGGCUCUUAGGUCCCUAGAUAGGCAGUCGCCGGGCCUUCAACAGAUAGAGGUCAACAUUGAUGCAAUAUUGCCCAGCGAGGAGGAACGCUCUCACAACACUACCCUCGGCAUACCUGUUGUUACCCUACCCGAUGGAAGACGGCUGGCCGUCCUCGAGGGCAGCAACAGCUUGAGAUAUUGCAUCAGCAAGCUUGAGAGCUAUCCGUCUCAUCUAGUUCGCGGCAUUAUCGACAAGGUUAGGUUUUUUUCAGAUAGAUGGAGUUAUUAAUGUUGCACGCUAGCAGGGCUAUCCCUACACUCUCUCAUUCCUCACAUAUAUAUAGCUUCCCUCGUUCAUAGCUAUACAAUCAACUCAGUCCUUCA